AAUGCUGUGAGCUGCGGCCAUCUUGGACCUCCUUUCUUCCGGCGUUUCUGUUGUGGACAGCCGCACGUGUGAAAAUCUCGCUGAUUUUUCAGGGAUAUCAUGGAAAAACCUGUGGUUUUGGCGCGUGUCAUCAAGGUACUGGGUCGCACCGGCUCCCAGGGACAGUGUACACAAGUAAAAGUGGAGUUUAUCGGCGAGGUGAACCGACAAAUCAUCAGGAACGUCAAAGGGCCUGUUCGCGAAGGUGACAUCCUCACUCUCCUGGAGUCUGAGCGAGAAGCAAGGAGAUUGAGAUAGGAUCCUCAUGUCGCCCUGUAUCUAAGUUAUAACCUCCGGAUGAUGUUGCUGGCCGAUGAUGACUUCUGAACGAUGGGAAACCAAUUGGAAAUAUCCGUUGCAUCCAAUGCCAAAAGAUAAAGAAUAAACAUCAUCUGGAUGUGA